AUAAUGGUUUUCGGAGUUCAGGACAUUCGAGAAAAGUGCGCGGGGAAGGAAAAAGAGCAAAGAGUCUGCACAUUCAAGAGAGAGUGAAGGAUGAUGAAGAUCGAAGAGGUUCAGUCAACCACAAAGAAGCAGAGAAUAGCUACCCAUACCCACAUCAAAGGCCUUGGUCUCGAUCCCAUUGGAAGAGCGAUCUCUAUGGCUGCUGGGUUUGUCGGUCAGCUGGGGGCUCGAGAAGCAGCUGGUCUAGUCGUUGAUAUGAUACGGCAGAAGAAGAUGGCUGGCAGGGCAGUCUUAUUGGCCGGUCCUCCUGGAACAGGGAAAACUGCAUUAGCCCUUGGAAUAUCCCAGGAGCUUGGAAGCAAGGUACCGUUCUGCCCAAUGGUUGGAUCAGAAGUAUAUUCGUCAGAAGUAAAGAAAACUGAAGUUUUAAUGGAAAACUUCCGAAGGGCCAUUGGUCUACGUAUCAAAGAAAACAAGGAGGUCUAUGAAGGAGAGGUGACUGAACUUUCCCCAGAAGAAACCGAGAGCACUACAGGUGGCUAUGGGAAAAGCAUUAAUCAUGUGAUUAUUGGGCUAAAAACUGUCAAAGGAACCAAGCAACUGAAGUUGGACCCAACUAUUUAUGAUGCUUUAAUUAAGGAAAAGGUUGCUGUUGGUGAUGUUAUAUAUAUUGAGGCAAAUAGUGGAGCAGUUAAAAGGGUCGGUAGAAGUGAUGCUUUUGCUACAGAAUUUGACCUUGAGGCUGAAGAGUAUGUUCCACUUCCUAAAGGAGAAGUUCACAAGAAGAAAGAGAUAGUUCAGGAUGUAACAUUACAUGAUUUGGAUGCUGCAAAUGCUCGACCACAAGGAGGACAAGAUAUACUAUCCCUAAUGGGCCAGAUGAUGAAACCUAGGAAGACUGAGAUAACUGAUAAACUACGACAAGAGAUAAACAAGGUUGUGAACCGCUAUAUUGAUGAAGGAGUGGCAGAGCUUGUCCCAGGAGUCUUAUUUAUUGAUGAGGUUCAUAUGCUGGAUAUGGAAUGCUUUUCAUACCUAAACCGAGCUUUAGAAAGCUCAUUAUCUCCAAUAGUAAUUUUUGCAACAAACAGAGGUAUAUGUAAUGUGAGAGGCACAGAUGUCAGUAGCCCUCAUGGCAUACCAGUUGAUUUGUUAGAUCGUCUGGUUAUUGUACGGACAGAAACAUAUGGGCCUGCUGACAUGAUACAGAUUUUAGCAACUCGUGCACAGGUGGAGGAACUGGUAGUUGAUGAAGAUAGUCUGGCUUACCUUGGAGAGAUUGGGCAGCAGGCAUCUUUAAGGCAUGCAGUUCAACUCUUAGCGCCUGCCAGCAUUGUGGCAAGAAUGAAUGGUCGAGAUAACAUUUGCAAGGCGGAUCUCGAGGAAGUGAGUGCUUUGUAUCUGGAUGCAAAAUCUUCUGCAAGGCUUCUUCAGGAGCAGCAGGAAGGAUACAUCUCUUGAUUACUUGUACCCAGUUCAUCUAAUGCACUCAUCAGAAAUUCUCAAACAGUACCAGCAAGGAGAGUGAUAUGCCAUCGGAAGAUGCAGAUAUCAUUGGAUUCAAUUUUGGUCCAAGAUGAUAGCUGCCGGUUCAACCUUUUGAACAUUAUUCUGAUGUUCUUGAAUGGUUAAUAUGGUAUCCCCAUGGGUUGUGCACGAUUGGCUCUGCAUUUUCAUGGUAUAAUUUGUUUGAUAUGUUUCUUUGACAAUCGGGGUUCUAUGGUUUUCUGGAUGGAUAUUCUUAGAGCUUCUGAGAUAUUGUAUUUGCUGAGAGCAUGUUCAGGGUCAGGGAUUCUACUCAUGAUACAGAAACAGUUGAUAUUGGAUGGUUCUUAAAGGUGGGAUGGGGGAACAGUGUUGUCCUCGAAGCUCCCCUCAUUCUUAGUUCCCACCCCAUGACGAGUAUUUGAGUGCAUAGUGGCUGCAUUUCGUUUCAGCGUGUCAUAUGUUCUCCUUGAACAUGCAUUCAGAAGACCAAAAUUUGAAACUGAGGCCCUCAACGUGGGACUAAACUUAAGUUCUGAGUAUUUACCAAAAAAAAAAACUAAAGUUCAGAGUAACAGGACCCACACCCACCAUUAAACGAGUCCUGCCAUGGAGAUCUGAUGGACAAUCACCCAUCUGGUUGAAACUGAAACAUUGGUAUUGGCGUUGUGUUUCCACUGUUUUUUUAAUCUUUGAACAGACAAGAAAUUUCCCAGAAUGUCUUAGAAUGGAAGUCCAGGUCCAUGCGAUCUCGAGAAUGGAGGAAAGUUCAAAAGUGUUAAACGAGCACGUCCAUUUGUUAUUCUGAAACUGAAACCCUGAACCUGAAGUACCAGGAUUUUGUUA